AUGGCCGAGAAGCCUUCGGUCUUGAUCAUUGGAGGGCUCGGCUAUAUCGGCCGCUUCCUGGCCCUCCAUAUACACCAGAAUGACCUCGCCUCCGACGUUAGACUUGUCGACAAGGUUCUCCCUCAACUGGCAUGGCUGGCUCCUGAGUUCUCUGAAGCCUGUUCCCAGGACAAAUUUAUGCAAGCCGAUGCCAGCAGACCUGAAGGAUUAGCAAGGAUCUUUGACCGACCCGACGGAAAGCAAUGGGAUUAUGUCUUCAACUGUGGUGGCGAGACGAGAUAUUCGCAAGAGGAUGAGGUUUACAAGCUGAGGUCUCUGAACCUCUCCAUUGCAGUAGGCAAGGAGGCAGCGAAGAGAGGCGUCAAGGCCUUCUUCGAGCUGAGCACAGGCAUGGUGUACAAGUCGGACUCGUCGCCAAGCAAGGAAGUCGAUAAGUUGAAACCAUGGAAUCGUAUUGCUGUCUUUAAGUUGCAAGCCGAGGAGGAACUCUCCAAGAUUGAAGGUCUUAACCUUAUAAUUGUGCGUCUACCGCACGUAUACGGGCCCUAUGCCUCCCAGUGGGUUGCGACGGCAUUGUGCAUGGCUCGUACCUACCAACACCUGGAGGACGAAAUGAAGUGGCUCUGGACCAAAGAUCUCCGAACUAACACAGCACACAUCGACGAUGUCACACGCGCACUGUGGGAUAUUGCGGCUUGGUACGACGCCGGCAAGGCGAAGUGGGAUGAAGCCAGCAUGGGCAAGGUUCCUAUUUUCAACAUAGUAGACGAGGGCGCGACGAGUCAAGGCACCAUAGCGACCAUUAUCGGCGACAUUUUCAAGAUCGAGACUGGGUUCCAAGGUCAACUCAUCAGUACCUUUGCCCGUCUCAACCUCGACAGCGUUGUAGACGACGUCAACGAUGAACUUUUGGGACCAUGGGCGGAUCUUCUAGCCGAUGCGGGCAUCACGCGACCAGGACCAUUGACUCCGUUUAUGGAAAAGGAACUGCUCAAGGAUACAGAUCUCAGUAUGGAUGGGACGCGGCUCAAGACGCUAUUAGGCUUCGAGUACAAGAAACCGACGCUAACCAAGGAGUUGAUCGAGGAGGUGAUCGAAAGCUACAAGAAGAUGAAGUGGUGGCCUUGA